AUGUCGGCCGUGUACGCGUUUCGCACGAUGGACGUCGUCCUGCUUUUCGCGUGUUCCUGCACGUUUUUCGGCGAGUUUCACAAGUCGUCCGCCGCCAUACCUCCCUAUCAGACGUAUCAGGACGACGAAAAAGAGUUUAUAAUCGAUCAGUUGGCAAAAAUUAUCAAGGAUCAAAGCUAUAGAAUGCAGAAUAAUCUUCAGGAUUCGUAUCCGAUUCCUCUCGAUCAGAUAAAUGAUAAUAAACAGGCAUUCACAUAUGACCUGGCAUCUCAUUUACCUGAAAUAAACACGGGCAAUCAGGAAAUACCAUUCGCCGUAUUGCCCAACGACCGUCGUUACUAUCAAACAGAUUUUUCUAGUAAUUUGGGACCACAAACUCCAGAUCACGGGGUUCGUAGAUACCAUAAAAAGCUAACUACUAAAAGCAGUGAAGUACAAGAUAAUUUGUCAUAUGGUUCUAAUGGAUAUGCUAAAUCAAAGGUCACCACAGAGAAUACGAGCGACAGUGAAGUAUCCAUGGAUUUACCGCAAAACACUUUUAUGCAGGUUAUGCCAUUUUCGGCUCAUUCAAGAUUCAGUCAAGACGAUUACUAUUUCUUUGCCAAAGCUGCUGGCGUCGGUCUAGCCGUCCUGGUCGUCCUGCUCAUAUCGUCCAUAGCAUGUUACAGAAUGCAAAAGAAUAGCAAGGCGGCCGCAGAUAUAGAGUACCCGGCGUACGGUAUCACUGGACCAAACAAAGAUAUGUCGCCUACGGGCGACCGGCGCUUGGCACAGUCCGCCCAAAUGUAUCACUAUCAACAUCAGAAACAACAGAUUAUAGCUAUGGAAACGAACAGUACGGUCAAAGAAGGUCGAUGCGGUUCAGUCAGCGAUCCGGACAGCGAUGAUGAUAACGAGGAAGGCGAUUACACAGUUUACGAAUGUCCGGGAUUGGCACCAGCAGGAGAAAUGGAAGUGAAAAAUCCACUGUUCCUAGAUGACAACACGCCGGCGUCUCCCAACCCUGUUUUAACUAGUAAAGACAAUAUUUCCGGAAAUGGUGUCAUACCAACAGUGCCCGUCCCAUAAUAGAUAACUAACCACCUACCACGCUAUAAAACAUUUGUCUAUAGAUACAAAAUCAACACUAUUUUUUUUUAAUUUUUUUUUUUUUUUUUAUCUCAUUACUUUAUUAUAACCUAUUUAUUUAAAUUUUUGUU